AUGUCGUCUAUCUCAAAGUCCAUUAGCAUGCUGGCCCGCCAUGGGGGCCGGAAGCGAGCUGCCAUUACUCAGUCUCGGACCUUGGCAACUGUCUCGGACCACAAUCUUGCCCAGAUGGCAGCCACAAUGCCCCCAGGUUACAAGGCGAAGGUUGCUCAGCUGGAGACAUUCACACUGCCAGACCGUGUCACCGGUAGCAAAGGUGACAUCGCAAUGGGAAAGGCGCUCGUCGACGCCUGGCGCCGUGACGGUAUCCUUCAGGUUUCCAUGAACGACAAGCAGCAAGCCAUUUUCAACGAGGCUACUGCCUCCAGCAAGGCAUUCUUCGCAAAGCCUCCCGCAGAAAAGGCGGCUUGUGUUGAUUCCCAAAGCUAUUCCGGUUACAUCGCUUCCGGUGAAGAGAUCACCGAUGGCAUUGCCGAUUACUCUGAGAUUUUCACAGUUACCAAAGACCUGGACCUUUCUGAGCCACGUGUCCGUGCAAAGUGGCCCUGUCAUGGCCCGGCACCCUGGCCCGACUAUGAAAUGAAGCAACCCAUGACUACUUACAUGGAUUACCUCGGCGAGAGUGGAGAGAAGUUGCUCCAACUUGCUGAACUCGGACUUCAGGUCCCUGCUGGAUCUCUCACGAACCUCACCGCAGACGGCUGGCAUCACAUGCGUAUUCUGAGAUUUCCUCCCACCCAUAACACCAACGGCAAGGGUAAGGAAGGCCGUGGUAUUGGUUCCCACACAGACUACGGUCUUCUUGUAAUCGCCGCUCAAGACGAUGUUGGUGGUCUCUUCAUCCGCCCUCCCUAUGAUGGCGAACAUUAUGCCAACUGGGAGAAGAGCGCAGCUGGCAUGAAAGAGGAUGACGAGGGCUGGCAUUACGUCCCUCCUGUUCCCAACGUCUUCACCGUAUUCCCAGGUGAUAUCAUGCAGUACAUCACCAAUUCCUAUCUGCCCUCCACACCCCACAAGGUUGGGCUGAACACACGCGAUCGCUUCGCCUUCGCCUACUUCCAUGAGCCCAGCUUCCAGGCUGUUGCCAAGCCCCUUCCCGGCUACGAUGUGGGACAAUCCCCAAAGGAGGGAAUCCACUACGGCACCCACUUUACCAACAUGUUUCUGAGAAACUACCCCGACAGAAUUACCACCAAGAGAAUGAUGGCCGAGAACCGUCUUUCUAAGCUAGAACAGAAGGAGCUUCGCACCCUGCCGCCCAAAGGUCAGAGCACGGUUAACUAUUCCCCUAGCGUUGGGUACCAGCCCCAGCAGCAGGCUUCUUUGUAA